UCCUUUCCAGUAGAGACUCGUUGUCAAAUGCGGCUGAUAGUCUCAUCCCGUCAGGCAUUGCUUGGUGCUGAGGAUCAACAUGGCGGAUCCAAGGGAGAAAGCGCUUCAGGAUUACAGGAAGAAAUUACUGGAGCACAAAGAGAUCGAUGGCCGCUUAAAAGAGUUAAGAGAACAACUGAAGGAACUAACCAAGCAGUAUGAAAAGUCUGAAAAUGACCUCAAAGCUCUUCAGAGUGUGGGACAGAUUGUCGGGGAAGUGCUAAAACAGCUUACAGAAGAGAAAUUUAUUGUGAAGGCUACCAAUGGACCACGAUACGUUGUUGGCUGUCGUCGGCAGCUUGAAAAAAGCAAGUUGAAACCUGGGACUAGAGUUGCCCUGGACAUGACAACUUUGACUAUAAUGAGGUAUUUGCCAAGAGAAGUGGACCCAUUGGUGUAUAACAUGUCUCAUGAAGAUCCAGGAAAUGUUACUUACUCAGAGAUUGGUGGAUUGGCUGAACAGAUUAGGGAAUUGAGAGAGGUUAUAGAGCUGCCGCUUACAAACCCAGAACUGUUUCAGCGUGUAGGAAUCAUUCCGCCAAAAGGAUGCCUGCUCUAUGGACCGCCAGGUACAGGAAAAACACUCUUAGCAAGAGCUGUCGCUAGUCAGUUAGACUGCAACUUCUUAAAGGUCGUAUCUAGCUCCAUUGUUGAUAAGUAUAUUGGUGAAAGUGCUCGUUUAAUCAGAGAGAUGUUCAACUACGCAAGGGAUCAUCAACCAUGUAUCAUUUUUAUGGAUGAGAUAGAUGCUAUUGGUGGCCGCCGUUUCUCUGAAGGUACCUCAGCUGAUCGAGAGAUUCAGAGAACUCUCAUGGAGCUGCUGAAUCAAAUGGAUGGCUUUGAUACUCUUCAUCGGGUUAAAAUGAUAAUGGCUACAAACAGGCCAGAUACAUUGGAUCCUGCUUUGUUGCGUCCUGGCAGACUUGAUAGAAAGAUUCAUAUUGAACUUCCAAAUGAGCAAGCAAGAUUGGAUAUUCUGAAGAUCCAUGCUGGACCCAUUACAAAACAUACUGAUAUAGAUUAUGAAGCCGUUGUGAAACUGUCAGAUGGGUUUAAUGGUGCAGAUUUGAGAAAUGUCUGCACUGAAGCAGGUAUGUUUGCAAUCCGUGCUGACCGUGACUAUGUUAUCCAGGAAGACUUUAUGAAGGCUGUUCGCAAAGUUGCUGACUCUAAGAAGCUAGAAUCCAAGCUUGACUACAAACCUGUAUAAAAUAGCCCACCUAUUUAACUGUAAUUGUACAGUUUUAAAGGGGUUUAAAUAGCAUACAAAAGAGGAAUUUGAUGGUUGUUCUAUACUGUAAUUCAUUACAAGUAUAUAAUAGUAUGCUGCAGACAGUAGGUGACCACUAACAUUGGUGUUCUGCAACAUUAUGUAUGUAAUGACUUGUUUUUUUAAGCCACAGUUUGGCUGCUGGCAACAAUAUUCUGUUGAAAAUGUUUUUGAAAAGCAGAUGUCAGCACUGAGACAAGCCUGUCUUAACAGUGUAAUUCAUUCUCUUGUACCCAAAUGACACUUGAAGCCUUUGUGGCGCGAUGCUCAAAAUACAAGUUUAUAGGUUUUUGAUCAACUUGAUUCAUUUUCCCCAGGCCUGAAUAAAAUUUAAAUUUACAAGAA